GGGUACCACCGUCACCGCCGUCCCCUCACUUUUAGGUUCUACCAGCACCAGUAUUACAUUUCUAGAUUCUAUAGGGAAGGCAAAAAGGAGUAAGAUAGCAUAAACGCCCAUGGAUGCUUCAAAAGUAGCAGAACUGAAGCUAUUUGUCGAUCAUUGCAAGUCUAACCCUUCUCUUCUCCACAACCCAUCUCUUUCUUUCUUCAAGUCCUAUCUCCAAAGUCUGGGAGCUCGAAUUCCACCUGACCCAGAAACAGAUAAAGGUGGUUUCAACAUGACAGAACCUGGGCAGACCUCUGAAGCAAAAAAUCCUUGCUUUUCAAGUGGAGAUGAUGAUGAAAUUGUUGAGUCUGAUAUUGAGUUGGAAAACACUGAUGUUGUGGAACCUGAUAAUGAUCCUUCGCAAAAGAUGGGUGACCCUUCAGUUGAAGUUACAGAAGAAACGCAGGAUGCUGCUCAAUCAGAAAAGUUAAAAGCUAUUGAUGCAAUUUCUGAAGGUAAUCUUGGUGAAGCCAUAGAUCAUUUGACUGAAGCUAUCAUGUUAAAUGCAAUUUCAGCUAUAUUGUAUGCAACUAGAGCUAGCGUCUUUGUAAAAUUGAACAAACCAAAUGCUGCAAUCCGUGAUGCUAAUGCAGCUCUUGAGAUCAAUCCUGACUCAGCGAAAGGAUACAAAAUACGAGGUAUAGCAAAUGCCAUGUUAGGCCAUUGGGAAGAAGCAGCAAAUGAUCUGCAUAUAGCUUCAAAGUUAGAUUAUGAUGAGGAGAUUGGUUCAGUACUCAAAAAGGUGGAACCUAAUGCACGAAAAAUUGAAGAGCAUCGUAGGAAAUAUGAACGCUUGCGGAAAGAGAGGGAGAUUAAAAGGGCUGAACGUGAGAGGCAACGACAGAAAGCUGAACAGGAUCGAGAAGCCUUAUCUGCUUUUAAGGAUGGGCAAGUUAUUGGUAUCCAUUCUACCAGUGAACUUGAAACUAAGUUAAAUGCUGCCACAAAGACAUCUCGCCUGGCGAUCUUAUACUUCACUGCAGCAUGGUGUGGACCUUGCCGUUUCAUUUCUCCCCUUUACACAAGCUUAGCUGCAAAAUAUCCAAAAAUAGUAUUUUUGAAAGUUGAUAUAGAUGAGGCAAGGGAUCUUGCUAAACGCUGGAAUAUAAGCAGUGUUCCUACCAUUUUCUUUAUAAGAAAUGGGAAAGAGGUUGACAAGGUAGUAGGGGCUGAUAAAGGCGCCCUAGAAAGGAAGAUUGCUCAGUAUGCUGGCUAAUCUUGCUAGUAAGUAAUGAGUAAUAAGGAAUGGUGAAUCUUGUAAACUCUAAAUGCCGGCAUGUCUGAACUUGUGAUUUAUGAACACUGUCAAGAAUGAGGAGUAUGGAAUUUCCUACAGCAUCCUUUUAUUCUGAGUUUGUUAUUUUCCACAGAAAUAACGUUUAUGUUCUUGUUUGUUUGGCAAUUGGCACUAUCUGUCUUUUGAGCAGGAACAAUGCCUUUGAAGAGCCCUUCAUUUUGUUGGAAAU